AUGGCAGCGAAACGUAUAACACCUCGUACGUUACUGCAACGAGUUUUUACAGUUACAAAACAAACAAAUGAUCAGCAAACAUCAACUAAUCUAACUGUUCCUUUGUAUGGCAAAAAUUGGCAACGAGAAAUUAGUACAACAUAUUCGGAUGUUACUUCAACUGUUCCGAUACUUCUAAUGCCAACGUAUGCUCUUGGUCCACAGAAAAAGUUCGAUUUUUGUCGUGCACAAAAAAUUCUGCAAUUAGAACUGAAUCGGCGCUGUAAUCGAGUACCAAAAAGUAUUCGAUAUGAACCGAAAUUAUGUGUCGAUCUUGCACGAGAUUUGGCUCAUCAAUUACGACGCGUUCUCAAACCGGAGUACUUGAGUACUCCACGAUAUAAAAUUAUUGUCGUUGUAUCAAUUGUGCAAGCAGCACCGAAUCGACAGAUACAUCAAGAGAUAACAAUUGCAUCAAGAUGUUUAUGGGAUCGAGACACGGAUGGAUCACUUACUGUUCGAACGAAUUUCGGUCGUGACAUGAUUGCUGUUGCCACAGCAUUUAUCGUCUAUACAGAAUAA